AAGAAAUGUCUACUUAUGAAAUAGGUAUUAAGGGGAAAUGUCAAACUUGAGACAAAUAUUGUAAAUGUCAAAAUAAAUAUUUUCAUGAGAAUUGUGAUAUUUUGAAAUUUUAAACAUAUGUACGAAUUGUGAAAUGUGAUGGAGAAAUUUACCGUAGAUAUUGAUAAAGUGUUAGAUGAUUUUGAAUUUAAUGAAGAUCGUGCUUCUGAAAUUCCAUCUACGUCAUGUCUAAAUCAAAGUAGCAACAGUAAUUCAACAAAAUCACACAAUGCCCAAUAUACGUUACCACCAUCGUACGAAGAAACGAUGACAUCCUAUGAAACACAAAAUGAUACAUCUUACUAUAAAAAGCCAUCACAAAAAUCAGAUAAUUUAUAUCCAAAAAAUACAAAUAAUUACUCAACCGAAUCAUUUUCGAAUUUAGAUCGAUAUAAACCGGUUCAUGAUCCCCCAUCAUAUGACAGCUUACAAUAUUCAACAUAUAAUAACAAUGGAUCAUAUUUUAACAACAAAACGGAUAAUUUUGUAUUAAAAAGUGAUGAAUUAUAUGCGGAUUCAACUUCGAAUUCACAACCAGUCGAAACUUUUUCAACGGAAAUGUUGAAAAUUCGUUUAUUUCAAGAUGAAAAUCAUAAAAAUGAUAAAAAUUUAUAUCCAGCGGUACCGACGAGCAGCUCAAAUAAUGAAUAUCAGAAGAAUAAUUCCAUGAAAAAGAAUUCAGUUAGUAAUGUAUUUAAUAGCUUACAAGAAUAUAUUAAUACAGAUGUCGUGGAUGUUAUGCCUGAACCGAUUAAGAAUAAUUUAACGUAUUCAUUAUUACCGAAAAUUGAAAAUGGUCAAAUGAAUUUGAAUAAGGUAGAUCGAAUUGAAAAUUCUCUAUCAUCUGAACCUGAUCUAUUGGAUUCAAUAACAUCAUCUUCAGUUAACCAGCAGGAAAUAACCAAAAACAAUAUUGAUUUAUUAGAUUCAACAACGUCAUCUUCAAGGAGUCAUCAGGAAUUGACAAAUAACACUGAUUUAUUAGAUUCAAUUGCGUCAUCUUCUACUAGUCACCAGGAGAUUGUUAAAAAUAACAGUGAUUUACUAGAUUCACUAACAUCUUCUUCAACUAGUCACCAGGAGAUUGGUAAAAAUAACACUGACUUAUUAGAUUCAAUAACACCACCUCCAACAGGUAACCAGAAUAUUAUUACAAAUAAAAACGAUUUAUUGGAUUCAAUUACGAAAGAGACUGUUGAAAAUGAUUUAUUGAGUUCAAUAAAAAAUUACCCGGAGAUUGUUCGAGAUCAAGCUACUUUAAUAGAUUCAUCAAUAUCAAUUUCAACCCUUCCCGAAAAUAUUAAUGACAAUUUAAUAGAUUCAACAAUUUCAUCUUCGAUAAAUCACCAAGAAGUUGUUGAAAAUAGUCAUGUAUCAACGGAUCAUUCGGAAGUGAUUGAAAUUGUCCAAGAAGAUAAUGAAGUCGUGGAAAAUAAUAUUGUAAAUAUACAACAAGAUGAAAAUAUUGUGCCAAACGAUCAAAAUGAAGUCGAAGAAGCUGAAGUCCAAGAAAAUAAAAUAAUUGAAGAAGUUGUAAAACCCGUGGAAGAAGUUAUUAAAAAACCUAUUGGAUUUGAUAGUAUUACAGUUGAAGUGAGUGAUGCGGAAAUUGAGGAUUAUUUAAAAGACUUAGAAGAUCAUCUAGAGGAAGAAGUCAUUGAAGUAGAACAAAAAGAAAUCGUUGAAAAUAUUGAAAAAACUCAAGAAUUAAUAACUUCAGUUGAAUCAGAUCGGAUUACAGAAACGGUAAAUAAAGAUGGGAAAGAAAUUAUUACAGAUAUUGUUGAACAGAUUUCAAAAACUGAAAAAAUUAAAGAAAAAACACUUGAAGAAGAUAAUGUUACUUUAGAACAAACUGAAAAUGAAGCAAACGAAGCAAAGGCAAAUGAAAAAUUACAACCUCAAGUAGAAGAAACUACCCAAUCUUGUGAAACUGGUACACAGAAUGUAGAAAAAAAAAUUGAAGAAAAUGUAGAAGUUGUUGAAGAAAAAACGAAAGAAAAUUUCCAAUCAGAAUGCUCUAAGCCGUCUGAUGUAGUUUGUGAAGAAGUUAUGCAAAAACCACCAAAAUUAUCAACAAUUUGCCGACCAAAUUCAUUGGAUAUUGUAUCAAGUAUUGAUGACGAAUCCGAGAAAUGUUUAGGUCCACCUGGUGAAACGCCAAUGAACAAAACUACACUCAGUAUGAUUGAUAAAGAAGCAUCGUCAAGUGAGGAAUUCAUCGAAAAUAAUAAAAAAACAGAUGUGGUAGAAAAUACAAGUGACUUUUCACCAAGUACUUCAGAAGUGUCUUCAGUUGAAAAUCAAGAAGAUGGUGUUAUAUUUGAUGAAACAUCGCCGCCACCUCAACAGACAGUGAUUGAAUAUGAUAAUCAUAGUACGUUGGGAAAACGGUCACCAUAUUGGAUUCCUGACACAGACACAAAUAAUUGUAUGCAUUGUGGAUUCAAAUUUACUGUAAUUAAACGAAGACAUCAUUGUCGAGCAUGUGGUAUGGUGCUUUGCUCAAAAUGUUGUAAUAUGAAAGCAAAAUUAGAAUAUUUGGGAAAUAUUGUAUCCAGAGUAUGUGUACAAUGCUAUGAAAUUUUGAACAAAGAUACAAACAGUAUUAAUCAGGAUACAUCCAGUGAUUCAGCAAAUAAUUCACCAGCUCAUUUCGUAAAUCAAAGUGGUGGACAACCAAAUCCAAAUAAUCCUAUGGAAUAUUGUUCAACGGUGCCUCCAUUAAAACAACUUGAAAAUCAACGGCCACGAUCACCACCAACAGUUAUGGUGCCUGUUGGUGUCUUAAAACGUCAAGGUUCGAAUAAAGGACGUUCUGAAAAAACUGUUAUGUUCUCGGAUGGCAUACGACCGGGAUGUGAUUUAACGGAAUUGGAUAAUAGUUGGGAAUCUCGACCAAUACGACGUCAAAAUAAACGUGUUUCAACACCACCAGGACAAUUAACAAAAGUUAAUAAAAAUUUACCAUUAUUCGAUGAAAGUACAUUAAGCUACAUUCCAUCAAAUGAUUGUUUACCACCAACAGUUAACUUUUCAAAACCAGAAAAUACAUAUACAGAAUGUUCCAAUAAUGAGAGUGUUGUUGAAAUGUUACGUAAUGAAAUUUUAGUUUUCGCAAUACAACGAAAUUUAAAUGUUUACGUUAAAAUUGUCAAUUUGGAUUGUUGUGUAAAUAAACAAGUAUGGUGUUUUACAACAAAAGGUUUAAGUUCAGUUGGACAAGAUGAAAUUGUAAUAUUACUAGAAGUUUUAGAAAAAGAAAACCGAGUACCUAAAGAUGUAUUUUUGCAUUUAAAUAAUAUUUACAUGGAUGCUGCAAAAGGAAAUACAAUUACAGAAAUGGGAUUUUCAAUUGAAAAUAAAGCAAAUUUUCUUGAAUCCAAAAAUCAUGCAGGAUUUUUAUACGUCCGACCUACAUAUCAAUGUCUUCAAAAUAUUAUCUUACCAAGUGCACCUUACUUAUUUGGAAUUCUAAUCCAUAGAUGGGAGACACCUUGGGUAAAAAUAUUUCCAUUACGUUUACUAUUAAGACUUGGUGCUGAAUAUCGAUAUUAUCCAUGCCCAAUAAUUUCAACACGGAAUCGUGAAUCGUUGUUUGUUGAGAUUGGUCAUACAAUUAUUAAUUUAUUAGCCGAUUUUAGAAAUUAUUCAUAUACUCUACCUAGUGUUAGAGGAUUAAUAAUUCAUAUGGAAGAAAAGAAAACGUCUGUCCUUAUCCCAAAAAAUCGAUAUGAUCAGGUAAUGCGAGCGAUGAAUAAUUCAAGUGAUCAUAUCUUGGCAUUUGCUGGAAAUUUUAGCACAGAGGCUGAUAGUCAUUUAGUUUGUAUACAAGAUACAAGUGGUUCAAAUGAUAAUAGUUAUUCAACACAUGCAAUUAAUAUACAAAAUAAACCGCGUAAAGUAACUGGUGCAAGUUUUAUAAUAUUAAAUGGUGCGUUAAAAACAAGUAGUGGUCUAACAGCAAAAUCAAGUGUGAUUGAAGAUGGUCUAAUGAUACAAAUAUUACCGGAUCAAAUGGUUAAGUUGCGUGAUAGCUUACGUAAUAUGAAAAAUUUUGAAAUUAGCUGUGGAUGUGUAAAUUCUGAGACUGAUGAAUAUGUUAAUAUAAUUUGGACUGAUAAUGAUGUCAAUUUUAAUAUUGGUGUAAAAUCACCAAUUGAUAACCAAGCAAUGGAUGGUGUUCCAUCGAUUCGAGUACAUAAUGGUGUGGAUCAUAUUGGAAGUUCUAAGUUGAUUCGUUGGACUGAAGUCUUCAUUUUACAAAAUGGUGAUGAAAAUCCAAAAACCCAAGAUCCAGUUGAUAUAUCAAAACUAUCUGAAAAUAUAUCACGUUCAACAUGUGAAGCAUUAGUCAAAUAUUUAGAUUUAUUAGCGACAAAUAAUUUUACAAAAGUUGGUAUACGUGUUACAUUACAUAGUGAAAACGUUUCAUAUGAGGCCGGUAGUAAUGGUAUAAAAUUUGCACCGAUUUAUAUGAAUUCAUUAGAUAAUGCUCUAAUACCUGUUUUACAUAAUAUUACAUCAAAAAAUCUUGGUAACAAUGAUCCAAUUAUAUUGGAAUUAAUAUUUCAUAUAUUAAAUUCAUAGCAUUUAUUUCUCUUUUGCUGAAACAUUCAGUUUUUUAAAUAACAAAACUCAUUUUAAAAAAAUUGUUGAAAUCAUCACAUUUUAUAUUGGUUAUGUUUAGAUUAACUUAAUAUUAAGCGUCAAAAUGAAAUUGUGGAAAAUCGCAAGGGAAAAAAGAAUUGGCAUAAACUCAAUCUUAAAUAUGUACAAGAAAAGUAAUUAUUUUUACACGACUGUUCUGUUCUGUGUACAACCACAAUUCAAAACUCUUAUUGUGUAUGUUUUUGGAAUGUACCUGUAGGGUAAAGAAGAUCCAAAAAACACAAAAACCACUUGAUUAACCACAUAAAAGUAAAACCCUUUAAUCAUGUUUCGUAAAAACUUUCUCUACUUUAUGUCAGUUUAUUUAGAAAUUUUUGAGCUGUGAGUUUACUAUUGUCUGUGAUGGACUAACCUUUCUAAUAAUAAUAAAUAGCAAAAUGAUAAUUAACAAUGCAAUAUAUGACGUACUAAACUAUUGGAUACUCAACAUUCAGUUAAUCUAAAAUUUACCAAAUUAUUUAAAACAAUU